AUGGAGAGGCAACAACAAGAAGGGCGGCAGCGCUGCGAAGAGCUAGAAAGCUUUUUGCGACUGCUCGGAAACGAGAUCAAAGACUUGGACGACGCUGAUGAAGAGACAUAUGAUCUCUACGCUCAAAACCUGCCCUCCUCAGAUCUGGGAAUCAUCGACCCAAAAACCACCGAGUUGCAACUCACCGUAGCCGGUCGAGAGCUCACCAUCCAUCAAUCACCGGGAAUCCUUUCCUCGGCCCGUGCCGGAGGUACCACCGGAGCCGUAACAUGGCGAAUAACACCCCUCUUCGUCACCUGGAUAUCCUCCCCGUCCAACCCCCUCUCCACACACCUCGACCUUCUCUCGCCUCAAUCGACGAUAAUCGAACUAGGAGCCGGCACCUCCGCCAUCGUCGGUCUGCUACUCGCCCCCCGUGUAUCUCGGUACGUAUUGACAGACCAAAACUACGUUGCAAAGCUUGUGGAGAAGAAUGUUAGUGAGAAUUGGGCUUCGGUUGCACAACAACAAAGUGGGAGUGGGAACAGCGGGGGUAAGAGCAAAAAAGGAGGGUCGAAAAAACCAGCACCGGGUGCAGGUGCGGGAGCAGGCGGUGACGGACCCGGGGAAAGACUCGUGUUCAAACCCCUAGACUGGGAAACAGACACCCCCACCUCCUCUCUAGCUCAACCCGUCUCCUCCUCCUUCGACCUAGUAGUUGCUUGCGAUUGUAUCUACAACGAGGCGCUGGUUGAUCCGUUCGUUACUACUUGUGCGGAUAUUUGCCGCCUUCGAUCUUCCUCUUCCUCUUCCUCAUCAGAAGGAGAUGGACAAGGAGAAGGAAGCAAGAGGCCGACGGUGGUAGUGGUUGCGCAAGUCCUUAGGAACUCGGACGUUUUCGAGACGUGGAUUAAGCGGUUUGUUAGGGAUUUCAGGUGUUGGAGGGUGCCGGAUGAGAUGAUGAUUGAUGGGUUGAAGAGUGAGGGUCAAGGGGGUGGGACGUCGGGGUUUGUGGUGCAUGUGGGGGUUUUGAGGGAGGGGAGGUGA